UUGAAGAAGAAAAGUGCUGGAAACCAAUUUCAUUAGGAACCAAGAAACAUAACCUAAGAAUCCCCUUGUUUUCCUUUGCAGACGAUCUCGCAAUAAUGGCAGAUUCUAGUGAGAUGGCUAUAAAACAGGUAGAAAUUCUAAAAGAAUGUGCAGAAAAAGUCGGCCUACAGAUAUCAUUUGAAAAGACAGUGUUUACAACAACAAAUUUAGAAAUUUCCAAAUUACAAACAAAAUACGGAGAAAUCAACAGAGUACCAUACUUCAAAUAUCUUGGAGAAAUUAUCUCGGAAAAAUUUGCACAACAAGAAAGAAUACAAAAAGCUCGUAAAGGUUUAGGAUUAGUGCAAAACCUCUAUAAUAAAAAAUGUUUAUCUUUAAAUGCAAAAAUUAGGCAUUACAAUACAGUCAUUAAACCAUCAAUGUUAUAUGCCAGCGAAACCUUGGCACUAAACAGGAAAACUGAUCUAGAAAAUCUAAAGAAAGAAGAAAGAAAAAUAAUUAGAAAAAUUUUGGGACCAAGAUGGACCGAGAAUGGAUAUAGAUUACAGAAAACAUCAAAAAUUGAAGAAUAUUCUAACAUAGAGAUAGACAUGAGGAAAAGACGCCUUAAAUUCUAUGGCCACAUAAUGAGACUUCCUGAACACAGAUUAACAAAAAGAAUUGUAAAAUACGUAGAUUCUCUUGUUAAUGGAGGAGAAUGGAUCCAAAAAGUUAAAAAAGAUUUGGAAUUAGCAAAAAUUACUAAAGAAGAAAUAGCUGCAAGGAACAAUUUUAGAAUAAAAGUUGAAAAGUGGGAGGUUAAACCAGAGACAAAAGCACCGAGAACCGGAACAAAAUGGAGCGAAGAAAGAAGAAGUAAAUUUUCGCAAACAAUGAAAAACUGGUGGGCAAAUAAAAAGAACCAGAAGACCAAGAAGAACGGAAAGUGAACCAGCUUUACUUAGCGUCUUCCACAUGGGAGCUUUACGACUAAUAAUAAUAAA